UGAAGAGGAGGAGGACAGCCUAUGUCUGGGUUAAUGUUUAGCCUGAGGCCGAGCAGCUCAUGGCCCUGCAGCCGCCUGCUCAAGCUGGGCAGUCUGUUCCUGCCUCCUCUCUCCAGGAGCAGCGCCUCUAAAAUGUCGCCAGACUCCCACUGGCUCUCCCCUGCAGACCGAGACCAGCAGGUGACGGAGCUGAGGGCCGCAGGCUGGAUGGAGGUGGAGGACCGAGAUGCCAUCUUCAAAGAGCUUCACUUUAAAACCUUUAAUCAGGCAUUUGGCUUCAUGUCACGGGUGGCGCUGCAGGCAGAGAAGAUGAACCAUCACCCAGAAUGGUUCAAUGUUUAUAAUAAGGUCCAGAUUACAUUGACUACUCAUGACUGUGGAGGACUGUCAAAACGGGACAUCAAAAUGGCCAAGUUUAUCGACAAAAUUUCACUUUCCAUGUAAUGUUUUUCGUCUUCAAUCAAAAAGUUUGAUUCCUCUCCUUUUUUUUUUCAUUCUUUCCUUACUUUCAGUCACACAUUUUUCACAACAAAAUGCAUUUGCAUUUGAGUCUCUAUAUAAGUCAAAUCUCUAAAAGAUAUUUUAUUUUUGUCAUUUAACAGCAUAUUUUGUAUAAGCUGUCUAUGAGAAUAAAAUAUUGAUUUUGUUAAGUUA